GACUCAAGGAAGAAGGUCCUCCAUUCGAGCCGUGUUUUUAUUAUUCUGAGCUAACUGUCACUUCAACUCACCCGUUUUAAACUUCAACCUCAACAUGUCUUCAGACUUUGAAGCCUACGAGCAGGACUUUGGGACCAUUACAGCAGAAAUAACGAACAAAGUUGGCAGAAUUCCUAAACUAAGUGGAGAGGAGAAGACACAGCUGGUUCUAAAUGUCGACAAACAGCUUGAAGAAGUCAGAGAGUUGCUGGAGCAGAUGGACCUGGAGGUGCGGGAGAUUCCUGUUCAGAGUCGCGCCAUGUACAACAGCAGACUGAAGAGCUACAAGCAGGAGAUGGAGAAGCUCGAGAAAGACUUUAAAAGGUCACGUAUUGCCUACAGUGAUGAGGUACGCAACGAGCUCCUGGGGGAUGACGCCGGCUCCUCGGAGAACCAGUUGAUAAAGUUACGCGAAGAGAGAGCGCAUCUGUUGGACAACACAGAGAAGCUGGAAAGGUCAUCGCGAAGACUGGAGGCUGGCUACCAGAUAGCAGUAGAAACUGAACAAGUGGGUCAGGAGAUUCUCGCCAACCUGCACAGCGACCGUGAGAAGAUCCAGAGAGCCAGAGAAAGGCUGAGAGAAACAGAUGCCAACCUUGGAAAGAGCUCUCGCAUCCUUACCGGCAUGCUGAGAAGGUAAGAGGCAGGAUCAUUCAGAAUCGAAUCCUCGUCUUCGUUCUCGGAGCCAUCAUCGUUCUCACCAUCAUCCUGGCCAUCUAUUUCAAUCUGAGGGGCCACUGAUCUCUUCUUUACACACACAUGCUCCCCCCUGACACACACACACACACACACACGUGAUUAAUAGCGACAAAAGCGUUGUUCUGCUGUAAUUAGGACAAAUAGUCCCCAUGAAUCACGGUUUCCAAAGCCUGACAGGGAGCUUUUUUUUCCAUCUCAUACUCCUUUGCUGUCUCUUUCUCUCUCUCUUUUCUUUUUUUUUUUUUUUUUUACUUUUCCCUCUUUCUUUAUCUUUCUCUUUUCUCAUCUUAGUAUUGUUCUUUCUCUAUCAGUUUCUCCAGGGACAGAAACAGGGGAGGGAGAUGUUUUUACGACACCUAAUGUUUUUCAUGGUGUUGUCUUUCGUGUGGUUUUGGAGCCCAUCUUGUCCCCAGGUGCACACGGCAAGUAAAUUCAGAUAUAUAGAUUUCUUUUUCUGUAACAGAGUCCGGUCAAGUACUAUUCAGGUUGAGAGUGUGCACAUUUGAUAGACAGAGAGGGGGGAAAAAAAAGUAUAGUGUGUUAGAGAUAUAGGUAUGUCCCACAUGAAUGAUAUACUUACACACUGUUUUUGUUAUUAACACCAACAGUAGAUACACACACACACACAUACUGUAGUAUGUAUGAGCUUCUGUAACUAAAUGAUUCAGCUGUUCUUCAUGAUGUAGUCCCUACGCAGCACAGAGGACAGUGCCUUCAGAUAAGAUAUGCUGUUCACACUUUAAAAAGCUCAGCAGAGCCCAAAAUAGACGAGUGGCGCUGCCUUGAAAAGAGAGGAUGCACAUUAAAAAAAAAAAAAAAGGUUGAGGUCAGUUCAGCUUCAGUUCAGUCAAUCACGGUGUAACGACUUUCUAACGAUCUUUUCGCAUUUUUCCAUUCAAGAAAGGAUAUAUGAUCAUUUCAAGCGCGUUUGAAAAUGGAAAUAUUAGAUAAAAACCUUUUCAUAUUUUACUACAAAAUUAAACUCAGCCCAACCUUUUCAUAUCCAAUACAUGUCCCAACCAGCUUUAUCUACAUUCGGUACAAUUCAGCUGCACCUCCCACACAAAAAUAUACACCUCAUCCACAUGGACUUUUUAACAAAACUGUCAUUGUAAAAAAAAAAAAAAAAUGUAGGAUUCUUACUGUAUGUACUAACAUUUACAUCUUGUAUAGUGUUUUUUUUUUUCAAUAUCAGUAAUUCUGUUGCUAUUUAUUUAUAAAUGCAUAAAUGACUUUACAAUUAAAGAUUAUGUGCUAGAACUGUAUAUUUCAUGAUGUUAGACAAUGAUCAAUAACCACAUGUUUUAUUUUUCUUCUGAUGUGGGGUUUUCAGAUAAUAGACUAAAAAGACUGCACACAGGACCAAAUGAAAAGUGUGAAUUUCUAGUUUUGUGUUUUAAAGCUUUUUUGUUUUUUUUCUUUUUUGUUCUCUUAAAUGAAGCUAAGUUGUUUUAGAACUUGUACUUUUUGUUCUAUAUUCUUCUGUCAGGUUCUGAGGAUUGCGGUGCAGUCAUUGUUUCUGUGUUUAUCUGUACGCCGACUGAUGAUGUGAUACAUUUGCAGGUGUUUGAAAAGCGUGUGCUUGAGUUUACUGCUGUUUAAUUCUGCAGGGGAAAGCCAUUCUACAGGGGGUCUCGGAAAAUCUAAAUUUAAGAGUAUAUGUGGGGGAAUUUUCAAAAGUUGGAGAUGUGGGAUGAUGAUUGUCUGCACGCUGCAAACACACACAUGCGCACGCCGAAGUGUUGGAGUGUGCACGUGUCUCCUGUGGUCGAUGUGGUGGUUCCCGGCGAGGACAUUUGUUAUUCUGUUUCAGGGCCAUGGUCUUCAUUUUCGAAGAUGCAGGGGUGUUGGGGUGGUGAGGGGUCCCCAACCCCCCCCCCCAACCGAACACCAUUUCACAGGCCCUCACCAGCCGCAGCGCCACCGUCUGCUUCAAAGCCUCAAAUUAAUGGCCAACAAAAUAGUGUGCCUCUGACCGUCCCAUGCGGAGCAGACCCACCAAGAGUUAUCAUUAAAGUGAAGGAAUAAUGAAAAAAGGGAAGAAGAAAAAAGGAGGGAGAAGGAAGGAAGUGAACAAGGAAACAAGGAGGUGGGGGGUGAAAUCCCUGGCAGUUUCACAGACCUCAUCUCGUAAUGACCCUCAGUGAUUGUUUUUUCCUACGCUGUGUGUUCAUGUGUGUGUGCUGUGUACCUACGUGCCGAUGCGCUCUUUUUUCACACUCUGUCUUUCUCUCCCUGCCUAUUCCUCAUCCCCCCCCCCUCCACUUCUCUACCUCUCCUGCCACCUUUUCUCCUCCUCCCUGUCCUCCCUCCCUUCCUCCCCUCCCUCCCCUCCCUCCCUCCCUCCCUCCCAGCCUGUCAGAUGAGCGGAGCGGUAGCUAGCGAGUGAGCGGUGGAAGGCAGCGUGGCGGCGGCUUCUAUUUGAAGUUGUAAUGGUGUCAAAAAGUCAGGGCUGACUGACAGACGUCAGUCCCACAGGGCCUCAUUAAAAACAGACCCACUUGACAAGGAAAUAAUUGAGCGCCGGCGACAACUCAGGGGCCCCUCCGCGUUUUUAGAUGUUUUUAUUUUCUUUUCAUUAUUAGUGCCGAGCUAUUAUGUUCAUUAAGAAAUGGCAUUAAAACAAGUUUUUAAAAGCGGGGAAAGGGAGGGAGGGGCAGCGAGACGGCGGGAUGCAUGGAGGUGGGGAGAUAACGAUUUGUUUAGAGCCCCCGUCCUGUUUUAUUAUUUAAACAGGAGCACUGUCAUGUGAUACCUUGGCAGACGUCGACUGUCAUCUGCCUCUUCUUUUUUUCCCUCCUUCUUCUCCUUUUUCUCCCCCUCACCAUCCCUUACUUUCUCCACCCAUUCUUUCCUUCUCCUCCUCUGUCCAUCUUUUUCUCCACCUGCCCAUAUCUCCCACUCAUCAUCCCUUUCUUUCUUCCUUUCUUUCUUUCUUUCCCUCUGAGCGGCUGGUGUCGUCGGAAUAUGAACUAGAUUAUUCAUCAGUGUUCUCCACCCCGCCCCGGCCCACCACCACACCCCCAUCCACUGAUUUGGUUUUCGACAAGCGUCUCACCGCAGAAGGCUGAGGAUGAAAACUUGUCAAAAAUAGGUUAUAUCUUAUUCCAAGGGGCAACAAUAGCAGCAGGUACAGACACCUUUUAAUAUUUAAUUUAGAAGGGUGUUAACCCUCCUUAAGUGACUGGAGCUGUGUCUUCCAUACAGACACCAAGAGAAAAAUGGUGGGGGGGUUAGUGAGCAAAAGGCGAGCAAUUAAUUAUUUGACGUCUGGAAAGUGAUUUUGAAGCUUUGGCUGCCUUCUCCUGUUUGCUAGAGAAUGGUUCGAGUCUUUAGUAGGCGUCCCUGUUCAUCUACACCAACCACGUCAUCGGCUUGGCUGUCCUGUGAGAGCUAAAACAUUCCCACUCAAAUCACAUUUAGCCCUUCGCUUCAUCUCGCUUGAUCCGGUAAUGGAGACAUGUGAUCAUAUAGAGACGAUUUUGGUCUAUUUAGUUUAUCAUUUUGCAGAGCAGUCGUCUUUUGCACCACCAUCUUGUCUUGGAUAUGGUCCCCUGUGCCCAGCUCAGCAGUCAUUUAUGUCCUGCCUGGUGCUCUGUGGAAGGUGUGCAUAAAAGUUUAAAAAAAAAAAAAAAGAAGGGGAAGGUACCUCUACAAGGAGCUCUGUGAUGCACCAUCAUUACAAAAAGCUUGAUGUUUGUCAGCCAUUUAAGACGACAAGGGAUUAUGACAAGCGUCGUUUGAGCUGUCUGUCCCCCAGCGAAGGGCGGGCCUUAAACGGGAUAAACAGCUCCAGUGGUGGGAUAACAACAGGAGGGUGGGUGCUUUAUUGCCAAGAGUGUCCAUGAAGCCCCCACCCACCCAACAUUACCACACACACAUCCACCACUACUCAUACACAUAUUAAAGCAGGCCCUGCUACAACAGCUACCGAAGAAGAAUCCACAAUGGCGCAGUGUGAGAACAACUACAAUGAGUCUUCUACUGUUUGAUUCAGCAUGCACACAAAAGCGUAUGCACACGUAUGGUGGACGCCCCUCAAUAAAAACACACACACACGCGCUGUAGUGUAGAAGAGGAGCCAUGUUCUCCGUUUGUACACGCCACCAGUCCUAGCAGAAUGGCUUUCUUUCUCUCCUCGGCCCUUUAUCUGUCUUUUCUUUCGCCCCCAUCAGCGCCGUCGACCAUUUUAAUGGUGUUUGUGCUCACAAAGAAAUGACAAUGCCCCCCAUUAUUAGAGGAAUUCACAGGGGCUGCAACAUACAUACAUGGAUGUUUGUGUGCAUGCAGGAUGUGUCCCCCUGUGGUCCAGAUAGAGCUGGAUUGUUUGUUGUAAAAUGUUAUUGAAUAGACUCCAGGCAUUAAAGACGUGCUCAAAUAUUUGUGUCCAUCUGCAAUGUCCACAUGACUCCCAUCGACCAGGAUCCUCAGGUCAUCCUGUUUCUCUCCGUUUGGACCAAUCAAACUGUAAAGACGAUUUUUGUGAUCUAUGUCAGUGUCGGUGUUGUUAAACAUCUGUCAUUAAAGCAGUUCUGAAUCUUG